AAAAAUACACUUCCAAUUGAUUACCCAAAUCAAGGCCGUAGAAAAUUAAAAUUAUAUCAACCCGGCUGAUUUUCGUACAAUUCAAUUUAAAUUAAUACCCAAAUUUACAUUAAUACCGGCUAGAAUAAAAAUGACAGCAAAAACAAUAACUUUAUUAUGGCCAUCAAAUCGCAGUAUUUCCUAUAUAGGAACACAAAAUAUGCGAACUUUGUUAUGGGCUUCCACAAAUCGAGUAACUAUGCGUCAAUACGGAAGCGAAAAAGCUGAACCUUCCUCAAGCACAGCUGAACCUAGUGAGAACGAAAAAAAGUUGAUUGCCGAUGUCGAGAGUUUGACAAAAGAAGUCGAAGCUUUGAAGGAGAAGAACAAUGAACUAACCGACAAGUAUAAGAGGUCACUGGCUGAUGGUGAAAAUUUACGUACACGUCUUACUAAACAGAUAAGCGAUGCCAAACUUUUUGGCAUUCAAGGUUUCUGUAAAGACUUGCUUGAGGUAGCUGACACUCUUGGCCAUGCUACUGAAGCUGUUCCCAAAGAAGAGAUAAAUGAAAGCAAUAAGCACUUAAAGAGUCUGUACGAGGGUCUUACAAUGACUAAAGCUUCACUGAAACAAGUGUUCAAGCGUCACGGGCUAGAACCAAUCAAUCCACUGAACGAAAAGUUUGACCCAAAUGUUCAUGAAGCUCUAUUUCAAAAGGAGGACGAUAAUGUUGAGCCGAACACAGUUGUAGUUGUUAGCAAAGUUGGAUAUAAAUUGCACGAACGAUGCAUACGACCCGCUUUGGUCGGAGUAUCGAAGUCUUCGUCAUGAGCAUAUAAAAUCUUUAUAUAAUACAUAAUUAUACUCUUUCCGAGUUUCUUUAAAAUGAGUUUUUAUUUCAUCAGAACCGGGUUUCGAUGAAAAUUGGGCGAAUGAAUCAUUAUUUUAUAUUUUAUGAAUGUUUAAAUAUAGAAAUGUGAAUUGAAUUAA